AUGGUGUGUGAUGCAAGAUUCAGAGUAACUAAUGUUGUGGCAAAGUGGCCAGGGAGUGUGCACGACAGCCGAAUUUUCAGGGAAUCAGAAUUGUGUAGAAAGUUUGAGAAUGGAGAAAUAGAUGGACUUCUGCUUGGAGACUCUGGGUACCCAUGCAAAAAGUACUUGAUGACACCAUAUAUGAAUCCCCAAACUGCUGCUCAAGAAAGAUUCAAUUCAUCAUUAACAAAAACGAGGGUUACAGUAGAGCAGACAUUUGGAGUCAUGAAGAGGCGUUUCCCUUGUUUGAGUUACGGACUGAGGGUGAAAACCUGCCACACACCACAGGUUAUCGUUUCCUGUGUCAUUUUACAUAAUUUUGGGAUGGAGAGUGGCGACACAUUUGAAAGACUAGUUAGUUUGACUUUUGAGUCUCCAGAUAAUGUUGAUUUACAAAAUGACCAAGCUGGAGCCAGGUAUAGGGAUGUAUUUGCAUCUACAUACUUUGCCUGAACUUUGACAUUAUAUUUGCUCUCCUUUUAUAGCUAACGUGCCUCCAGAUAUUUUCUAAAUAAGUACAUGUAUGUAACACUUGUGAUAAAAACAUUGACAAGUAUGAUUUUGGGGCAACGCUAAUCAAUAAAUCUCUUAAAUGUACUGAAAAUCCCUUAAGAACAUGUACCAUAAAAUAUUAAUGAAGACCACACCUGUCAAGUUUGGUAUAAAUCUGUCUUGUUGUUGAAGACAAGAUGUUGUUUAAUGUUACUGCUGUAAAUGACAGACAACAUACACAUAAGCAC